GAAUGAACGGCGGCAGCGACGACCGUCCUCUCCUCUCCGUCUCUUCUUCCCCACGCUGCCCUCGCUUUCCAGCCACGCAACGAUCCACGCCUCGCUCCCGGCCCCGCGCCUCCGCCGUCCUCGCUCGCCCCGCCGACUCCGGCCGAAUCCGCCGGCCCGCUCCCGCCGGCAGUUGAAGCGCAGAUCGGACAGGCUUGCAAGCAUGUAUAUUCGAGUCAAGCGGAACAAGACCACCUACUUCAUACAGUGUGAUCCAACAGAGACAAUUUUGAAUAUCAAACAGAAGUUGCAGUCAAUAACGGACCACCCUCCUAAUAACCAGAGGUUGAUCUUGUUGGCUACCAACAAUAUAUUGGAUGACUCCAAGACGCUGGCUGAUCAAAAGGUGGAGAAUGACGCCGUUGUUGCAUUGGCAUUGAGAAAAGAUAACGAGUUCGAGGAGGUGUCCAUCGCCGACCCGAGCGAUUUCAUGGCGUCCUCAUGAGGCCGGCCGGCCGGCCCGCCGUCCCCCCCUACCCAACCCAUGCAAGGACGGAGCGCUGUCAGCGGCUUCCCCGAAGCAGAUCAUGUUGCUUGCUUGCUGCUCUAGCCUCUAGCCUCUAGGAUGUUGCUCGCUUGUGUGAUUGUGUCCUUGCUAUUAAAGACCCUAAACAACCGUUGGGGAUGGCAUUUAGUUUGGAUUUGGACAUUCCAGCCGAUACGUGUGCUCCCACCACCCACCGGGGCGUGUCCUGGCGCUCUGACCUACCCGUCUUUUGUACCGGCGCGUGAAUGAACACGGGCAUGGGUGGCGAGAUCCGUUGGUGGUGACCGGUGAUUGGGAUCCCACCACCUAAUGCUGUGUCAUGCAGGUCCUGUUGUGUUUGCCAGUUGGUGUGUGCUAGGGACUAUAUUAUCGGUCUGUUUGCGGGAAUUCCAGCUGGUUCGUGUCGAAGGUUAUUCUUAUCCUUGCCGUUGCUGUUUAUGUGGAUCUGAGAUGGUUUUCAUGUGGACUCUGGAGCGUGCA